AUAGGUCAAAAUAAUUUAAUGGCCCACAGACAGACACUUGAGCUCAUCGUAUGCAUAUACUCUUUCUCUUCUUCCCACCGUAAAAGUCGCCGUCUUUCUACCUCUGUCGGAAACAACAACCCAACUUCAUACCACAUGGAUUCGAUGCCUGUCAAUUGGGAAGUUCUUGAUGCCCUAGUCAUUGAUUUUGCCAAAUCCGAACGUUUACUCGAGGACGCCCAAGCUCCCCCUUCUCCUUAUCACGGUCGUUUGCUGACUCGUCAGAUCAGACGGUCGGUAGAGACUGGCGAUAUUGACGCCGCUAUGGAUCUCCUCCGACUUCACGCUCCUUCCGUUCUUGAUGAUCACCGGAUUCUAUUCCGUUUGCAGAAGCAGAAAUUUAUUGAGUUCUUGAGGAGAGGCACCCCCGAGGGUCGGGAUUCUGCUAUUAAUUGCUUGAGAACGGCACUCGCUCCUUGUGCCCUUGAUGCUUAUCCGGAAGCAUAUGAGGAGUUUAAGCAUGUUCUUCUUGCCUUUGUUUAUGAUAAAGAUGAUCAAAACUCUCCCGUGGCAGUUGAGUGGUCUGAAAGGAGGAGACUUGAAAUUGCUGGAUUAUUGACUUCUGUUCUAAGAGCACACCUACAUGCAUAUGAUCCCAUAUUCUCAAUGUCGUUGAGAUACUUGAUAAGUAUACACAAAGUUUUCUGCUUUCGUCAAGGAAUAGUGUCGCCUAUUUCAAAUCUUAUUGAGAGGCUGCUCCCUGAAGAACGCGACCCUCCUGCAAUGCCUCCAGAGAGUCUAUAUGAGGCAUCUCCAUUUGAUGAGGUGGACAUACAAGCGCUGGCACAUGCUGUGGAACUCACUAGACAAGGUUCUAUAGAUGGGCUGAAGUUUGCUAGGGGAGAUCUGUUCAAAGCGUUUCAGAAUGAAUUAUCUCGUAUGAGAUUUAACUUAUCCAUGUUAGAUGGGCUCAUCCACGAGUACUGCAUAUACAGAGGUAUUGUGGAUUCAUCUCUUCCAUCUCCAAAUGCUUCUGAAAUGCAGAUACAAUCGGAGCCAUUUAGUGUCGAGCAAUCUGAGCCUGUGAAUUGUUCUCUAGGAGAAGAAUGUGUCACUAGCAAUCCUUUAGAUGGUGAAACUUCAUUAAGCAACUUAGAUGAUAACGGUUGUUCCUCCUCAGAAGUAAGAUCAGAUACAGUUGGCAAAGUUCUAGAUAUUGAGGAGCGAUAUCAUUGUGAGUCAACAGAUAAUCUUGAAGACUGUAGCACCAGUGGAGUCGUCCUUCAGAGUGGAUGUCAUCAUGAAUCACGUCUUGCCAAGAGAACCAGAAUUCAUGGCACGAUUGAAAAGAGUAGACACAAAUGGAGGCGCCGGGAGGAGAAACUUGAUCCUGGUUUUGAAGUUUGUGACUCACAUAUGUUUAGAAGUGUGAGUGGAAAUAAUACUGAUAAGUAUUCCAUUGUCCUGGGAAUAAAGGAGCUUGCUUCCAAAGGAAUGGCUGCAGAGGCAGUGGAAGAAAUAAAUACUUUGGACCCAAAUUUUUUCCCACAAAAUCCUACUUUGCUGUUUAAACUUAAGCAGGUCGAGUUUUUGAAACUGGCUAGUUCUGGAGACUAUCAAAGUGCAUUAAGAGUCGCUUGUUCGUUUUUGGGUGCUUUGGCAACUAAAGAUCCUACAUUGCUGAAACCCCUCAAGGAAACAUUGCUUACCUUGUUGAGACCUAUUGAAGAUACUAUGGAGCUAGACUGGCCCUUACAUGAUGUUGCAUCUUCUCUUCAGGUGGAGUUUGGUAGGAGGUUAGGAAUUGAUGAGCCGCAGCUUAUGAAGAUUUUACAAGCAACUCUUUACACACAUAGUGAAUGGUUUAAGCUUCAAAUGUGUAAAGAUCGGUUUGAAGGUCUGUUAAGGAUAGACUCUCUGAAAGAAGUGAGCAGUUCUUUGUUAACGGGUGGACCUGUCUUGAAGUCAAAUAUAGAAACUUGCGAAGGGUCUUCUCAGGUCACUGUUUCGUCAAGCAACCGAAUGCAAGAGGAUGUUAGCAGUCCAAAUCAAGCAUUAUCGAGCGAAAGUGUCUGUGACGAAAGUGCCAUACUUAAAGUCAUGGAAUUUCUAGCAUUGCCAAGGGCCGAUGCCAUCCAUCUUCUUGCUCAAUACAAUGGGAACGCUGAAGCAGUUAUUCAGCAAAUAUUUGCCUAGGGAGUUUGUAUACUGACUUGUAAUUGACAGAGAUUGUGUUUAUUGAUUUAUUCAUUGUAUUUUUUUUUAUGUAUACACUUCCACAGAGGUAAUUAGUAUGGCUAGAUUUUUUUGUGUU